GUGUUCAGUAUCAUAACAACCAGCUGUUUUGACCUAGAACGUAAUAUCGGAAUUUCUCGAUACAGCGAAUGAUUUAAGAAUUCUUAAUAUUUAAAUAUUAUCUUGUGAUUCCCGAAAACAUGAUGGCCUUAAGAACCCUCCGCCACAUAGCGCCCGCAAUCUCCGGGACAGCGAAAACCUCCCUCGCAUCUGUAACAACAAGCCGUAACUUUUGGGGAUGGAUCAACAUGAUGUUCAACCGGGUGGACACCGCACGACUCAAAGUGGUUGGCCCAGAUCGGCUCUGUGCGGAAUGGCUUCUUCGAAACGGUGCCCGGGCAAAAUUUGUUAACAUUCCGCACGAACAAGUCAACUACAAUCUGCUGCCCAACGAGAAGGUUUCGGUACUGAUCGAAGAAUUUGACGGAACGGAUUCCGGAAUCAUGCACAUUGGGUUCGAUCACCUCAAAGGUCUAACACGGCUCCGGAAGAUUAGGCUCCACAAUUGCGUCUACCUGGAGGAUCAGGCCCUGGCCAAAUUGCGUUUCGUUGCCGAUACGCUCGAGGAGCUGGAAGUGUCCAACUGCAAAAACGUAACGGACUUUGGAUUGUUAUCGCUUAAGGAUUUGAAAAAGCUUAAACAGCUCAGCACGCACAACUUGCCGUAUGUGAAGAAUCUGCAGAAGGUCGAGGAAGAGUUGAAGAAAUCGCUGCCAAAUUGCAGUAUGGAUUUAAAGCCGUAAAAUUUGUUUGAAUAAUAGUCUGUACAAUUUGCUACCUCCUAGUCAUUUCUCGAAAAUAUAAAUUUUAUUUGUGUAAUGUAUACGUUAA